CGUCCCUCCCUAACAAUUCCCGGGCAGACGUCAGCCUUGAGCGAUAGGCGCAGUCGCAACGGGCAGCCCCUCCACACCCUCGAGCAAGCACCUGGACAGUAGGCAGCUCAAAAGACAAGCCUCGCGAUACCUUUUUUUGCUCAGCAAUCGAACACAGCUUGGAAGUACCUAGAGCAUCGCCGACUCUUUUCGGUGAAAUAUCCGCCAUCAUGCCGGCCUACAACUCCAUGUUCAACGACGACCCCAACACCCCGCGCAUCAUCGGCAACUUCCCCCUGCUGCCCCUGCGCACCAAGACCCGCGGCCCGGCCUACACCCUGCCCGCGCCCGCGGAGGCCCUGGCCGCCCACGAGUCGCCGGACCCGGACUCGGAGUCGUACGACAUCCUGGACGAGGUGCUGUCGCUGUUCCGGGCCAACACCUUCUUCCGCAACUUCGAGAUCCAGGGCCCCGCCGACCGCCUGCUCAUCUACGGCAUCCUCUUCACCAGCGAGGUCCUCGGCAAGAUACGCCCCACCUAUGGCGUGCGCGAGGCCCAGAAGGAGGUCCUGAACACGGCCCUGGACCUCAACUUUGCCAUUCCCGGCGACCCCGGCUUCCCUCUGAACCAGAUGUUCGAGCCCCCACGAGACAGACAGGACGCCGAGCAGUUACGGCAAUACCUCGCCCAGGUGCGACAGGAGCUGGCGACCAGGCUAUUGGCAAGAGUGUACGAGGAAGGCGGCGACGGCAAGCCGAGCAAGUGGUGGUUAAGUUUCACCAAGAGAAAGUUCAUGGGCAAGAGCCUGUAGAGGCAGACCAAGGAUCUACGGGAGAUUGUACAAAGACGGGAGGCAGUUCCGAACAACAAGCCGCCCACAGGGAGCACCGGGAAAGGUCAAGCCUCCAAAGAGCUUGUGCACGAUAGAAGAGCUC